GCUUUGGCUUCACUUUCAUUUCGGUCUUAUUUCGAUGAAGCCUUUUGGGAUAUUACGCCCAUUCUAAAUUUGCAAAUUAUCUCAAUGAUCGUUUUGCAUGGCACUGGAAAACUUGCCUUAAUUGCAGCGGAUUGUGUGUGUGCAUAAGAGGGGAGAGUGUACUGAGUGAUUCAGCAGUGACAUUCGCUUUUCAAAACGCGCUGGAAGUAAAAAUAAAAACUGGCAAGGAUUUCACUUUGAGUGGCUCUCUUACCGGCAUCAAUUUGAAAAUAUCAAAAACUAGUUCAAGGCUGCCACCAGAGAUCGAUACAAACGCAGUUGCAGAUUGAGCUUUCGAUCUCAAGUCUCCUCAAUGCCCGACAUGGAGCUAUCGCUGUCACCAAAAGAAACGGAGGUCCGUCCCAACACCAUUCCGGAUUUAAAAGUAGACGCUACAUUCCGAAAAGUUGCAAAAAAUUCUAUAACAUUUGCGCUAUGGAAAAUCGAUGAGGAUCGUCUGGAGGCUGUGAACCGAACGCAGUAUGGAACCUUUUAUGAUAAUUGCGCCUACAUCGUUUAUGCAGCUAGCUUGGCGGGUCAUUAUGCCAACCACGAGACCAUCACACGCGAACAGAAGCCGAAUGUUACGCUGGAGCGAUAUAUCCACUACUGGUUAGGCGGAAAUGUCAGCGAACAGAAUCGCUCAAAUGUGGUGCACAAAAUCCAAGAGCUGGACUCUUAUCUUGGAAAUGUGGCCUCCAUUUAUCGGGAGACACAGAGUCAUGAGAGUGCCAGAUUUCUGUCCUACUUCAAAAAGGGUUACGACAUACGCUCAGGAUCUCUGAUAACCGCUCCUUUGCGGCCACGUCUCUAUCAGUUGCAUUCCCGCAAAUGGCUGCGAUCCAUUGAGCAUGCCACCAUUGAUUGGUCGCACUUUAACUCUGAUUACAUAAUGGUACUGCAAACGGAUAGCCUGAUCUUCGUAUGGAUCGGUCGCUCCAGUUCGGGAAUCGAACGAAGAAGUGCCCUUGCAUGGGUCCAAAAGCAUUCGAAUGGAUCUCCCAUCACCGUAGUGGACGAUGGCUACGAACAGGCCAUGUCCCCGGAGAAUAAAGAUUUGUGGAACUCUCUGUUGCCGCUGAAGAAGCGAAUGGUGUGCCAGGCCAGCCAGUUGGUCAGCGAAUACACCGACUACAAUAGCAACAAAUUCCGAAUCUACAAGUGUAAUCAGCGCGGACGACUUCAUUUGGAUCAACUGGACGUUGGCAUGCCGGCCAAGGAUGAUCUAAGCGAUGCCCAUGGCGUGUAUUUGCUGGAUAACUACGGCCAGAGCGUUUGGCUAUGGGUUGGAGCUCAGGCACCGCAAGCAGAUGCCCUUUCGGCCAUGGGAAAUGGCAGGGCUUUUGUUAAAAAGAAGAAAUACCCGGAUAACACACUGGUGGUGCGCGUUCUGGAGGGUCAUGAGCCAGUGGAGUUCAAGCGGCUAUUCGCUAACUGGCUGAAUGUGUGGCAUGAGAACUCACGCAGCCAUAAGCCCGUUUCCACGAAGUUGGGAAAGCUCGAUGCCCACUCUCUGUGUGAGCGUCCGAAAAUGGCAGCGGAUACCCAGCUGGUAGACGAUGGCAGGGGAGAGCGAGUACUCUUUCGCAUCCUUGGCGAUCAAGUGCAGGAGGUAGCAGCCUCCAAGACGGUGGUUUUCACCACCAACGCCAGUUAUGUAGUCAAGUACACGGUGCAGUGUGCCACUGUUAUACCCGCUGACUUGGCAUCGGUGGGCAUAAAAUCGAUCAUUUACCAGUGGAACGGUUCGGAGGCCUCAUCAGAAUCAAUUGCCAGAGCGGACAAGUUCGCCAGAGCCAGCUUCGAGGCUCUCAAAGAACCCGGAAUGUUCGUGCAGCUGUACGAGUUCGAUGAGCCACCACAUUUUCUGCAGAUCUUCGAGGGCAAGCUGAUCAUCAUGCGGGGACAACGCGGCGAGAUACUCAGCAACGGGAACACGAAGGGAUCUGCCAUGUCUGAGACUUUCCUGCUCAAGGUCUAUGGCGAUGCCACUUAUAAUUCCAAGGCAGUAGAGGAGACCCCUCUGUCAUCGAUCAGCUCCAAGGAUUGUUAUGUGAUCAAGACCAACCAUGUGUGGGUAUGGUGCGGCCAAAGUAGUACGGGAGAUGCACGAGAGAUGGCUAAAUCAGUAGGCGGUAUGCUUGGAGAGAGUUCCCUGGUUCUUGAGGGCAAGGAGACCAAGGAGUUCUGGCAAUCGGUGGCGAUGUACUUCAACCAAACGCUGGUGAUCAAUGGCAACGGAAACUCUUGUUCAAGCAGUACCAGCAGCAGUAGCAGCGGUGCCGGUAGCAUGUGCAACGGCAGUUCCUCGAACAGUGGCAAUAUAUCGCCAACUCUCAGCAACAAUUGCUAUCUGAACACCAGUGUUCCGAGCAAACCGAGGCCGCCGGUUCAAUUAUUUUUGGUCUGGUGGCAGCAGAGUGCACUGAGGUACGAGGAGAUACUCGGCUUUGAGCAGCAGGAUCUCAGUGCCGACUGUACCUAUAUCCUGGAUACGGGCACCCUUACAUACGUCUGGCUGGGCUCACAGGGUCCAAAUCAGGAGCGAUACACGGCCAUCGCUCAGAGCUAUGUGCAGAAUGCUCCGUUCGGGCGCCGAUCUGCCACAGCCUUGGCGGUGGUCAGGCAGUUCCAAGAGCCGAAUGUAUUCAAAGGAUUCUUUGAGUCGUGGCAAAACGAUUAUGGAAAGAACUUCAUGUCCUACGAGGCAAUGCGCAAGGAGCUUGGUACUGCAGUUCCCACCACUGGUAACAUCACAAAUAAUGGAUCUGCCUUGCUUUUGAACAACAGACAGAAGGAUUUCGAUGGUCACAAAAAGUACCCGCUGAUGGUACUCACCCAGGAGAUGGACAUGUUGCCAUCAGAAAUAAAUCCUCUUAAGAGAGAGGUUCAUCUCACCCACGAUGAUUUUGUGUCGGUUUUUAAAAUGUCAUUUUACGAAUUUGACGAGCUGCCGAAAUGGAAAAAAAUGGAGCUGAAAAAACAGUUUAAACUGUUUUAACUUGUUGAGAUGCGUAUGGCGAUAGCGCACUGUAUAUAAUCCCUACUUAUAAUGAAUACACUGAAGCAGCAGUAAGCAGUU